AAUAAAAAAUAAAAAAAAUAGGUAGGUGAACAAAUUCCAAAAAAAAAAAAAAAAAGAAAAAUUAAAUGAAGCCACACGCCGUGGUAAUCCCAUACCCAGCACAAGGCCACAUCGCCCCAGUCCUGAAGCUCGCGAAACUCCUCCACAACAAUGGCUUCUUCAUCACCUUCGUCAACACCGAGUUCAACCACAACCGCCUCCUCCGCUCCCGCGGCCCCGACUCCGUCAAGGGCCUCCCUGACUUCCAGUUCAAAACCAUCCCCGACGGCCUCCCUCCGCCCUCCAACUCCGACGCCACCCAAGACAUCCCCCUCCUCUCCCAGUCCAUCUCCCGAACCUGCCUCCCUCCAUUUCUAGACCUCAUCGGAAACCUCAACGACUCGCCGGACUGCCCCGCCGUCAGCUGCAUUGUCUCCGACGGUGUCAUGAGCUUCACCCUCGACGCCGCCGACAAGCUCGGGAUUCCCGAGGUUGUCUUCUUCACCACCAGCGCUUGCGGCUUCAUGGCCUACCUGCACUACUCCGAGCUCGUUUCCAGAGGAUUCGUCCCUUUCAAAGAUGAGAGCUGCUUCAGCAAUGGGUAUUUGGAGACGGAGAUUGAUUUCAUACCCGGAAUGAAAGGCAUUCGCCUGAGAGAUAUUCCGACGUUCAUCAGAACCACAGAUCCCGAUGAAAUCAUGGUCAGUUACAACAUCGUACAGCACGAAAACGCGUCGAGAGCUAAAGCCGUCAUACUCAACACAUUCGACGAGCUGGAGGAGGAGGUACUCUCCGCCGUCAGAUCCAGAUUCGACACCGUCUACACGAUCGGCCCCCUCCAGCUUCUCGAGAAGGAGAUUUACGGCGGCGGCGGCGGUGAAUCCAUCGGAUCGAAUCUGUGGAAGGAAGACAUGGAGUGUUUGGAUUGGUUGGAUAAGAAGCAAAACGACGCCGUUCUGUACAUCAAUUUCGGCAGCAUUACGCCGUUAUCGCCGGGGCAAAUGGUUGAGUUCGCGUGGGGUUUGGCGCAGAGCAACCACCAUUUUUUAUGGAUAAUCCGACCCGAUUUGGUCGACGGGAAGGGUUCGGUACUGCCGGAGGGGUUUCUGGAGGAGACGAAGGGGCGGGGUUUGCUGGUGGGGUGGUGCCCGCAGGAGAAGGUUCUGGCGCACGCGGCGGUGGGGGGGUUUCUGACACACUGCGGGUGGAAUUCGACGGUGGAGACUAUAUCGGAGGGGGUUCCGAUGGUGUGCUGGCCGUUUUUCGCAGAGCAGCAGACGAAUUGCAGAUACGCUUGUAAAGAAUGGGGGAUUGGAGUGGAGAUCGAAGGCGAUGUGACGAGGGGGAAGGUGGAGAGAAUGGUUAAGGUGAUGAUGGAAGGGGAGGAGGGGGUGGUGAUGAGGAAGAAGGCGGCGGAGUGGAAGGAGAAGGCUUGCGCGGCGGCGAAGCCCGGCGGGUCUUCGUACCGGAACUUGGAGAAGUUGAUCAACGUCACUCUGCUCAACAACGGUUGGUUAUAUUAAUUAAAUAUUAAUGUCAUAAAUGUUUUUAUUUAUUUAUUUUAUUUCAUUUUCUUUUUUCUUUGUUCUGUUUAUUGUUAAUAAUUGUACUCAAUUUGAUCUGGUGGGAUGUGAUUUGUGGAGUUUGGUUUGAAAUAAAAACGUGAAACUUGUUUGGUGGCA